AUGUCACUUCUACGAGAAGCUGAGAGGUGCAUCGCUAAUCAAUAUGUGCAAAACCUCAAUUCUUUCAUAACACCUCUGCCUCGUACGGGCUCCUGGAAAGCAAGAGUCCAGGAGGCCGACCAGCGCGCAGACCAAGGUCCGUUGACUUGGAUUGACGGCCGCCUCAUAUCAGUGAAGGAUAACAUCUGCACUCGCGACCUCCCAACGACCUGUGGGUCAGGUAUACUGGACAAGUUCAAUAGUCCGUUCAAUGCCACCGUGGUGGAACAAUUGGAGGCUGCAGGGGCCAUAAUUGCGGGGAAAACAAACCUUGAUGAAUUCGGAAUGGGAUCGCACUCGGUUUACUCACGAUUUGGCCCUGUCAAAAAUGUGCGCAAUGGAGCCGAGGGGGAUCUCUCCGCGGGCGGGAGUUCCGGAGGCAGUGCAGUCGCGGUAGCAGCAGACCAAUGCUAUGCGGCACUGGGAACUGAUACUGGUGGAUCAGUCAGGCUUCCUGCUGCAUAUACUGGAACAGUCGGCUUCAAGCCCUCCUAUGGGCUGAUCUCCCGCUGGGGCGUUGUCGCCUAUGCCAACUCGCUGGAUACAGUCGGGAUCUUAGGGCUGAAGACAUCCACUGUCCGGGAUGUAUUCACACUUCUCAAUCACUAUGAUCCACAUGACCCGACCAGCAUAUCUCGAUCGUCACGAGCGCGUCUAUCACAGGUUACAUCUCCAUCUCCAUUACAGUGUAGACCACUUCGGAUUGGUGUGCCAUUAGAGUACAAUAUAUCUGAGCUCGAACCGUCCGUUCGAAAAGCCUGGCUCUUGUCUCUAGCUCAUUUGCAGAAACAAGGGCACGCUAUCCACCCAGUCUCUUUACCAGCCACCAAGCAUGCUCUAUCUGCGUACUAUGUCCUUGCACCAGCGGAGGCCUCUUCAAAUCUGGCUAAAUAUGAUGGUGUGCGUUACGGAACACGUGGAGACCAUGCAGACAGCGAUAAAUCUCUGGACGCUCCACUUUACUCACAAACUCGCGGAAGUGGGUUUGGGGCAGAAGUGAAGCGCCGCAUUCUUCUGGGGACUUUUAGCUUGAGCGCCGACGCCAUGGACAAUUACUUCAUACAGGCACAGCGCGUUCGUCGCCUCGUCCAGCAAGAUUUCAACUCUGUGUUUGGAGCUGGACAUCCUUUAGCCCACGAGAACGAAAAAUCUUCUGAACGUCCCGCGUCUGGUGUGGAUGUGCUUGUCUGUCCGACUGCACCAUCUCCACCCCCUCUGCUGUCAGAUUUGACAGGCCUAUCAGCCAAUCGAUCUCCUUUAGACGCUUAUGUAAAUGAUGUAUUCACAGUCCCAGCCAGUCUAGCUGGCUUGCCUGCUAUUUCGGUCCCGGUGGCUGUGACCAACACCGGGGGUAAGAAAUCUGGCUUGGCUGGCAUCCAAGUGGUAGGCCAAUAUGGGUAUGAUGAGCUUGUGAUGCAAGUGGGAGAACUACUUGAGGGCCAGCGUUUCGCCGAUGACUCUUGA